AUGGUGGGCUCAUUAAUGUGGACGGCCGAAGAAGCCAAGUACCUCAAGGCCGUUCUCCACUGGCAAGAGACCGCGGCCUCAGAGGACGAGAAGAGACAGCAACAAGCCGAAGAGGAAGCUCGUCGUCGACACCAACAGCAGCGCCAACCCGCAGGCGAGUUCCGCAUCCUGGUCGUCGGCGCCCGAGGGACCGGCAAGACGGCCCUGCUAACCCGCAUGGCUAACAAGUGCAAGGAGGAAACAUACCUCCUCGAGGCCCGGGAAUUCCCCUCCCAGCACCUGCUGAGCAACCCCAAGCUGGCCCAGGCGCUGAGCACCACCGAGGCGGCCGUGCUGGUGUACUCGGUGCGCGACAGGGCAUCGUUCCGGCUGGCGCUGGUCGGCACGAAAUGCGACCUGCAAGAGCCCGACACAGAGGCAGACGCAGACACAGACCAGGAGAGGGCCGUGUCGUUCGCCGAGGGACUCAAAGCUGCACAGGGGAUGAAGACGCCCGGUUCCGGUUCGGUGUCGUCUGACGUGCCCUUCCUGGAGGUAUCGGCCCGGACUGGGGCAGGGGUCGACAGAGUGUUUCGGGUGGUCGCGGCGGAGGUGUUGCGUGCUCGGCGGGCGGCUAGGGCGCGGAGGGAGCAGGCCGAGCGGGAGAGGAUGAUGCGGGAUCUGAUGGAGAUCACCAAGGCCGGAGGAGGAGGAGGAGGCGCGGCCGAGGGCGGGAGGAAGAGGUUUUCGUUGUGGAGGGCGUUGGCGCUGGCGUUUGGGAGGCGGCGGGUUUUGGUAGGGCGUUGAAAGGAGUGUAUGGUGGUUAUACGGGCAGGCUUUUAUGGAGGAGAUGCAACCGUGAACCGUCCUUGGCCCGGGUGUUAGCUUGGCGAGUGAACACUUUCAGGUCGGGGAUGAAUUCUGCGAACCCCUUCAAUGUGAUUCCAUAAUGACGGCUGUGUGAAGCCGAGAGAGAUGCGUUUUCUUAGGCGAGAACUUUGAAUCCAUGAAAUAUCGCUCACCCCGUUGUUGACCCGAGCCAGU